AUGAAUCUUAUGAAUUUUGGCCGUGAACAACUGGAAAAUGGUAAACUAGACGAUAUGCUUCGACAAGUGGGUAUCAAUGAUGUCGGUUCGUUCGUGAAUCAAUUUCGAAAUAAGGUUAAUCAAGAAGCUGCUACAGAAAGUAAUGUUAAUAAUGCAAGUGGUCAACAAGCAGCCGGUGGGCAACAACCUGAUUUCAUAUCAAUGGGAUCAUCAUUUCUCAAUCAGUUCAGUGGUGGCAGUAGCAAAGGACAAAGCAAAGGUUCUGGUGAUUUAUUCGGUGGAGCAAUGAAUGCCUACAAAAUGUUUUCGGGUAAUAAAAGUGGCAGUGGAGGAGAAGGACAAAGUGCUAGUAGCGGUGGUGGCGCUAGUUCGACUGAUAUGAUUAAUAAUGCAAUGAAAGUUUAUAAAACGUUCUCCGGUGGCAAAGGAACUGGUGGUAGUGGCACUAGCGGUGGGGGCAAUAUUUUUGACACUAUUGGUACAACUUAUGAAAAUGCUCAACAGUUGCAAAGUUUCCUUAAAGCACUUGAUAAAAAUGGUGAUGGUAAAAUUACUAUCGAAGAUAUUCAACUUCUUCUUCAAGGAUUAGGACUUGGUUCUGUUUCACCACAUGUAUCUAAAGCUUUAUUUAAAGCUGUUGAUCGAAAUGGUAAUGGUGUACUUGAUAUGACUGAUGUUAUGGCAUUGGCAGCUAUAGUCAGUAAACUUAACAGUCGAUUUGGUUCAAGUGCAAAUCAACAAGCUUCACCCAUUUGA